UCAGUCUCAGUCUCAGUCUCAGUCUCAGUUUUUUUUUUUUUUUACUUCUCGAAGAAAUGGAGUUUGAUGCGCCCGUUGACGACGUCGACGUUGAGCGCUUUGAACGCGAGCACAACGAUCUGAUCUUGCGGACGGGAAGUUCAACCGACAACGCCAAGUUCAACUACGCAUGGUGUCUCGUCAAGAGCAGAUUUCGCGGAGAUAACCGCCGCGGCAUUGAGAUGUUCCAAGAUCUCUUGGCAAGCGGAGAUCGCGAUCGGGAGUGCCUGUUCUUCAUUGCGCUAGGGUACUACCGAUUGGGCGAGUAUCCGAACGCACGCGUCUAUGUCAAGCGUUUGCUGCAGAUCGAGCCUCGCAAUCGCCAAGCGUUGCAGCUGGAUGCGGCGAUCGACAAGUUAGUUUCCAAGGAUACUCUUAUCGGUGCGGCAGUUGUGGGUGGACUGUCUGUCAUUGUCGGGCUCGGUAUCAUGUUGUUAAAGAAAAAGUAAAAGCCAUGGCCCAAACAGCA